AUGGACUCCACUCGUCGUGGCAGCAGCGUUUCUCGCCUCUCGCAGCUGUCGAGGGUCUCCAUCACGCAAGACAAGCCAAGGAAGACCAACCUCGAGUCGCCGUCCCACAUGCUGCUAGACUCCGCCAAUACCAAGAUGGCAAAUGCAACUACUAGCAAGGGCGGCCCAGCGAAUGUCGCCCACAUCACCAACGCAGUCAUGUACGGCAUCAUCAACUCCAUCCUGACCAUCCCGACCAUGUACGGCUACGCGGUCAUUCUCUUCAGCCACAAAGACUUCGAGGACUUCAUGCCCGCGCUCUCCAAGCUCGUCAUGUUCUCCAGCGUCGUGCACCAAGUCAUGUUCACACUUAUGAGCUCGCUGCCGUUCUCCAUUGGACAGGUGCAGGACGCCGGCCUUAUCUUCCUCAGCACCAUAGCAACCUCCAUCUGUGACUCGCUGGGCAACGAUGUACCGGUUGAAGCCAAGGUGACCACCUCUAUUGUCGUAAUCGGUAUUGCCACGGCAUCUCUGGGUGCCUGCCUCGUGCUUAUGGGGAAGCUGAGACUGGCUGCGCUGGCGUCGUACCUGCCGAUGCCCGUGAUCGGCGGCUAUUUGGCUUUCAUCGGCAUCUUCUGCCUUUACGCCGGACUCGCGCUGUGUACGGGUCUGGUGAUCAAUAACGUUGAGUCUAUGAUCAGCGUCUUCGAUAAGGCCCACGACGUCCUGCUGUGUGUUCCUGGUGUGCUGGGUGGCGCGUUCCUGCUCGUAGUCUCGCAGCGGUACGACAACUCGUUCAUCCUGUCGGGGGCCAUCAUGAUCAUGCCCGUCGUCUUCUUCUUCAUCAUGCUGGUGGGCGGCAUCUCCAUGGACGAAGCACGCGACGGCGGCUGGAUCGACCCUGCCAAGGACCCUGCAACAGUCUCCGAGCUGCUCAACCUCUUCGACUUCUCUCAAGUGCACUGGGACCAGCUGCCGAAGCAGUUCGCGACGUGGAUCGGCAUGGUCUUCGUCGUGGCGUUCUCGUCGUGCCUUGACAUUGCCGCCAUCGAGCUGGAUAUGGGCAAGAAGCUCGACUUCAACCACGAACUCAAGACCGUCGGCUGGUCCAACGUCGUGAGCGGCAUCCUCGGCGGCUACACUGGCUCGUACAUCUUCUCGCAGACCAUCUUCACCUACCGCUCCAAGACCAAUUCGCGUAUUGUCGGAGUAUGUGUGAUCAUCUCGGAGUUCGCCAUCGUGAUGGCGCCCGUGUCCGUCAUGAGCUAUGUGCCGCGCUUCUUCUUCGCAGCCACGCUCAUCUUCAUCGCCAUCGACCUCAUGAUCGAGUGGCUCAUUCUCACGUACAAGAAGAUGUCACUGCGCGAGUAUGCGGUGCUGUGGAUGACGUUCAUCGCCGUGAACCUCGUGGCGCUGGACGUGGGCAUGCUCAUCGGCGUUGGCAUCGCCAUCGUCAACUUCCUGCUGGGCUACCUGCGUCUGCCCGUAGUAAAUCGGAAGCCCCGAUCGUCUGGUGCGGCGCGUACUCUGGCGGAACGUCGAGUACUCGAUGAGAAGCGCGAAGCCAUUGCGUACUUCGAGUUCAGCGGCUUCUUGUUCUUCGGGUCGUCGGUGCAGAUCCUCGACCGGGUCCAGAAGGCCGUGUACGUGCGCAAAAACAUCCUUGAAGACGCCGGUGAAAAUUACGCGGACAUGCCACUCACGCCGGAUGAAAAUCGAGUACUCUCCGUGAUCGAGUGCCUAGACGGAAGCCCUGCGUCUGACGCUGACGCGGUGCCGACCGAGUAUGCGGUCAUGGACUUCACUUCCGUCACGGCCAUCGACGCUACGGCAGCAAGGAGCGCCUUCCUCAUCCUGCAGAAAUACUGCAGUAACCACAACAUCACUGUCCUUCUAUUCGAGUGCAGAGUCGGCUCUGGAGCUGUGCGAAAGCCAGCUACUGAGCCGUACGGACGUAGCGUGCACCCGCACCAGCAGCUACUACGACGACUCUACCAGAUUGUUGCACCGCUUCAUCGGAGACGACGAGGACGCCAAGCUCAGCCAGUUCUUCCAGAAGCGUGA